UUAUAGUAUUCCCCACUGCGCUCCCAUUUAAUUUCCGAGAGAGAAGUUUUGAUCAUGGAGAGCUAACCAAUUCCAUCUUUCGUCUUCUCCUCAGCUCAAUUUUCUUCUCCCUUCCUCUGCCUCAUCUACCUUCAGGGGAUGUGGGGAAGUUUAAUUGGCUAAAAAUUUGAGUGGAGUACUUGAGUUUCGUUUCCAAUACAUCUUUGAGUUUUACUAUAGCAAAAGAGAGAGAAUUGUAAGAGUUAUUAUUGUUAUUAUCAACUUUUUUUGGUGAAGAGAGGAUCAGGGAUUCAGAGGUCGAUAUUGAAUUAGGAAUUGUGAAAAAUGUAUCGGCCCGGUGCAGCAACCACUAACAGAGGCGGGGUAUGUACUGAGAAUGAAGAUUCUGUGGUGACACUUGAUCAAAUUCCUUGUUGGAGUAAUAUUGAGUAUCGGUACUCGUAUGAUAAUGAAGAUCCUGCUUCUCUUCCUAUUUCAUUUAAUCCAGAUCCUUUAGCAUCUACUUCCGAGUUGGAAAAUAAUGCUAAUGGUAUGGUUUCCAAGUUUCCUGUGAAUAUUGAUUUAAACUCAAAGAUAUAUUUGUGGCAAGGGGACCCUUGGAAUCUUGAGGUGGAUGCUGUAGUUAACUCAACCAAUGAGAACAUGGAUGAAUCUCACAGCAGCCCUGGUUUGCAUGCUGCAGCGGGACCUAGUCUUGCAGAAUUAUGUGCGACAUUGGGUGGCUGCAGAACAGGAAUGGCAAAAGUUACUAAAGCAUAUGACCUUCCUGCUAGGAGGGUUAUACACACUGUGGGUCCCAAAUAUUCUGUCAAAUAUCAUACUGCUGCAGAAAAUGCUCUUAGUCAUUGCUACCGCUCCUGCCUUGAGCUUCUAAUCGAAAAUGGACUUCAGAGCAUUGCUACUGGUUGUAUUUAUACGGAAAACAAGAAUUAUCCACGAGAGCCAGCUGCUCAUGUUGCAAUAAGAACUUUACGGAGGUUUCUUGAAAAACAGAAGGAUAGAAUAAAGGCAGUUGUGUUUUGCACAAAGUCAUCUUCUGAUACUGAGAUAUAUAAAAGAUUGCUUCCUCUUUACUUCCCUCGAGAUAAACAGGAAGAGGAAAUAGCUAUUGCAAAACUACCUACAGAUAUUGGGGAUGAAAAUGGAGAGACAGUUAUAGAUGAACGUAAGAUCAGAAUAAAGCCUUUGCCCAAGACAAAAAAAUCUAGUGCAAGAGAACCACAGACCACUCUUGAUCUUCCUUCCAGUGAUGUUGGAUUGACAAGCAGGAGUUCAUCCAAUUUGGUAUCAUAUUUGGAUCCUGCUUUUAUGUCCGUCAUGAAGGAUCCAGAUCAACGGAAAGAAGAACAGUGGGAAAAAACCGCUCAAGAGCAAAAUCGUUGGAACUUCCUUAGAAUGCUUGGAUACGGUGAUAUUGGAGGCCCUGUUUUGUCAGCUGCUGAAGAAUAUUCUCUUCAUUCUAGAUACCUUGCUAAAGCAAAUUCUUUGAAUCUUUCUGAUAUUGCUGAAACGAAGAUUGUUUAUCGAGGUGGGGUUGAUAAUGAGGGUCGCCCUGUAAUGGUGAUUGUGGGGGCACAUUUUCUGCUAAAGUGUCUUGAUCUAGAGAGAUUUAUUCUCCAUGUUGUAAAGGAGUUUGAGUCAUUGACACUGAAGCCUUAUACUAUUGUUUAUUUCCAUUCUGCAGCAUCUUUACAACAGCAACCGGAUCUUGGAUGGAUGAAGAGAUUACAAGAAAUACUGGGCCGGAGACAUAGGCAUAACCUUCGUGCAAUAUAUGUCCUUCACCCAACUAUAGGUCUAAAGGCUGCCAUUGGUGCAUUGCAACUCUUUGUGGAUAAAGAGGUGUGGAAAAAGGUUGAAUAUGUUGAUCAUCUUCUUCAGCUAUUUCGACAUGUUCCACGUGAACAGCUUACAAUUCCAGAUUUUGUAUUUCAGCAUGAUAUAGAAGUGAAUGGAGGGAAGGGCCUUAUUUUGGAUCCCAGAACAAAAUACGUUUAUCAGAGAGUGUAGUGUUUGUUUUUUCCUCAAAGAACAUAAUGUAUUCAUCGGUUGAGGAUGCCGGAAGAAGUUGCCAAAGAUUGUAUUUUUUUUGGUCUUUUUGGUUUCCAUUCUCAUUGCACUAUUGGAGGUGCAAGAGGUUGUUUUGGUCUCCUGUGUAAUUCUAUUGUUUGAGCUUUGAGGAGCAAUAAGAGUAAAUUCUCUUGUUUUCUAAGUU